UAAAAUUGAAUCUUCAACCAUCUUACAGAAAAUUUCGAUUCCAUUUUCUCUGCCAGCCCUAUCGAGACACGAGAUAUUCAUUCGACCCCUAAUUUAUGCACAAAUAGGAAGAAUUUACGUGAAAGAGGAAGCUCGUUUUCGUAACUCUAGCUAUCGAUUGUUACAAAAUACGAAAACAACGAUUCCAUUUAGUUUGCCCUAGAAAAAACCUAGAAGUUUUCCCAGUUAAUUUCUCGUUUUGCUUAAGAAUUCUGGAAAAAAUUGUACGGUAUAGUAAUGUUGAAGCUCUGGAGAUGGUAUCAAAAUUGUUUAGCUGUUCAUCCGUUGAAAACACAGGUCAUCAGCUCCGGUGUGAUUUGGGGGCUUGGUGAUAUUGCAGCUCAGACAGUUACCCAUGCCACUGCUGUCAAGAAAAAACCCCUUAUAAAAUCUGAGGAAGAUAAAGAAUUUCAUCUCAAUUGGAGACGAGUGGCUAACACUAGCUUAUUUGGAAUGGCAUUUGUGGGACCCGUUGGUCACUUCUGGUAUGAAGGUCUAGAUCGAUUAUUAAGAUUGAAACUUCAAUACCAACCAAAAUCAAUGCGAUUUGUUGCAACUAAAGUAGCACUUGAUGGGAUCAUAUUUGGACCCGUGGAUCUAUUUGUUUUCUUCACAUACAUGGGUUUUGCAUCUGGGAAGAGUGUGAAACAAGUAAAAGAAGAUGUGAAAAGAGAUUUUCUUCCUGCAUUGGUUCUAGAAGGUGGGAUAUGGCCGAUUGUCCAGGUGGCAAAUUUUCGGUUUGUUCCAGUGAGGUAUCAACUUCUUUAUGUAAACUUUUUCUGUUUGUUGGAUAGUUGUUUUCUUUCUUGGCUUGAGCAGCAACAGGAUGCUGCUUGGAAACAAUGGUUUAAAAGAUUGUCUUUGAAAGAACAUGAAAAUCAGAAGAGUUGAUGAGUUAAAGUUCCAUGUAUGCUUUCAUAUUUGAUGGAUUUGUUGUUUUCAUUUUGUUUUUGUUUGUUGGUUAUUUUUGGAAAACUAUUACGGGGAAAGAAGCAAUGUACUUUGAGAUGCA